AUGAGAAAUAUUUGUCUCUGGUUUUGCUUCUUUGCUUCUUCUGUUGCUGCAGAUUGCUCUGAAAAAUUGACAAAUGGCUAUCGUUUGGACAACUUUAAUACAGAAACAAUAUUUGAUAUUGGCGUCUACUCAUGUAUAAAAGAAUGUCUGCUAAGGAAACCUCAUUGUCAAUCCAUCAAUUACAACACCCAGCAUUUCCAGUGUGGAAUCAACUCUAUAGGGGCUGAUGACAUCGAGUCGGAGGGAGUUCUGGACUCAAACAGUAUCUUUGUGAACGUAUUAAAUUCUUCACGGGAAAAUUUGGGAACCUGCAAAGCCGCGCUCUGUCCUAAUCUUCACAAAUGCGUGGCUGCAGAAAAGACCAGUUUUUGCAUUUCAACAGCUUGCAAAGCAGGUACCUACGGUAAGGAGGACCAGUGCCUGCCUUGUCCUGCGGGUCAAUACAACGAUGGAUCCAAGCAAUUGUGUUCUUAUUGCUUUCCUGGAAGUUACAAUGACGAAACGGGGUCAAGGUCCUGCAAACUCUGUUCUCCGGGAACUUAUAUGAACUAUUUUUUAUAUGGAGAGAAUUCAUCAGCUUCUUGCAAACCUUGCCCGGCUGGACAUUAUCAAUCUGCUUCAGGUACAUUUGGAAUGAAUUUAAAUGCUAUCUAG